UCUAGGCUCGGGCUGUAUUGUCUGUCAGAGAAGAGAAUGGGGACGCGUUAUCAGUAGCCGAACAAUCAAAGGCCGAGUUGAGUCGAUUUAAAAAAAAAAACAAAACAAAAACAAUUUUUUUGGAAGAAGAGGGAACGCCGCCGGCAGCAGCAGCAGCCGCCGCCCCCCCCGCCGUUAACUUCGAAACCGGGGGGGUCCACGUUCAUCCCCGCUCGGAACGGGAGUUUAAAAUGACCUAAUGAGGUUCGGCGGGUCCGUUUAUCCGUCGGCUGAGCGGAGGGAGGAGGACACCCCGUGUCGGCGGCAAGCGCGAGGCGGUUUGGGAGGCUAGACGGCGAGGCGGUUCGGUUCGGUCACCCACCCACCACCACCCCUCACCCGCCCGCCCGCCCGGCAGCCCCGGGGAGAGCCGGAAAGAAAAGUGGAAGAGUGUCCCAUACAGCCGCGCCACAGUUCGCCGAGGCGACGUCGCUGAUUCACCCGGACCCGGUCGAGCGGAGGAUCCGAGAGCAGGUGUGCAGAAUGUUUCAGCUCCCUGUCAAUAACCUGGGCAGCCUGCGGAAAGCCCGGAAGAAUGUCAAGAAGGUCCUGGGAGACAUUGGCCUGGAGUUCUGUAAAGACCACAUCCAGGAUUAUAAAGACUUUACUCCACCUGAGGUGUACAUCAAGCAUACCACCUGGGAUGAUGUGUGCAUGUGGGAGCCAUCACACACCAAAGUCCAGGACUACAGAUCAAAGCCUUUCUGCUGUUCGGGCUGCCCCUUCUCAUCAAAAUACUUCUCUGCCUACAAGAGCCAUUUCCGCAAUGUCCACAGUGAGGACUUUGAGAGCAGAAUUCUUCUCAACUGCCCCUACUGCACCUACAAUGGCAAUAAGAAAACUCUGGAGACCCACAUCAAACUUUUCCACAUGCCCAACAACACAGUGCGGCAGGGCCCGGGUGGAAUGGUGGCGGCACCAGCGGGAAUGAUGAUGACGAAGGACGGAGUGAUGAAGAGAAGUGGGGAUGGUGUGGAACAGGCAGUGUACUACUGCAAGAAGUGCACCUACAGGGACCCUUUGUACAAUGUGGUGCGAAAGCACAUUUACCGGGAACACUUCCAACAUGUGGCACAGCCCUACCUGGUCAAACCAGGGGAGAAGACCUCCGCACAAAAUGGUGGAACAGGAAACAAGGAGAGUAAUAACACAAGUACUACCGCAAACAAUGUCAACAACGCAAGCAGUAACCAGAUUCACUGCAAGAAGUGUCUCUUUGUGCCAAGGACGUAUGAGGCACUUGUCCAACAUGUUAUUGAGGACCACGAGAGGAUUGGCUACCAGGUGACCGCCAUGAUCGGACACACCAAUGUGGUGGUCCCCCGACCCAAACCCAAUGUCGUCAUGGUGUCUCCUAAAUCCCAAGGGGAAAAGACAAUCAUUGGGAUGGGCCCCAAAGGGGCAGUGAUGGCCUCCACAAGACCCGCUGCAUCACAGCAAUUGGGGAGAAUCAUCCUCCCAUCAAAGACAGGCCUCAACUCCCAAGGUUUGCUGUCCGGGCUGAAGCAGAGUACAAUGGGUCUAAAGGCUGGUACUACUCAAUCCUUCUCCAUUGGUGGACAGCAGGUGAGGAUCACACUACCGGGGAAUGCCCAGGUCUCAGUGCCUCAGCAGUCACAGGCAGCCAAGCAGCUAAUUUCUGGAGGUGGCUUGCGGAAUCCCAUUGUGUUGAACGCCUCCUCCUCCCUCAAAUCCAGCCCACUAGGUUCCCGUGUCCAAGCAGCCGCUACUACGGUAGCCUCUGUCACAGCCAAGAAAAGCGGCUCCUCACUCCUUGGCACAUCGUUCACCCAGAAGUGGAAAAUUUGCACCAUCUGCAAUGAGCUCUUCCCAGAGAACGUGUACAGUUCUCACUUUGAGAAGGAACACAAAGCAGAGAAGGUGCCCGCUGUGGCCAUCUACAUCAUGAAGAUCCACAACUUCACAAGCAAGUGUCUGUACUGCAACCGCUACUUGCCUAGUGACACAUUGCUCAACCACAUGCUGAUCCACGGCCUGUCCUGCCCACACUGCCGUGCCACAUUUAAUGAUGUGGAGAAGAUGGUGGCCCACAUGCGGCUCUCACACCCCGAUGAAACCGUCGGCCCUCGCACAGACUCACCCUUGACCUUUGACCUCACCUUGCAACAGGGAAACCCUAAGAAUGUUCAGUUGAUUGUUACUACCUACAGCAUGAGGGAUAAUCCGGAAGAGUCAGUGGCGUUUCAUGCCCAGAACAACGCCGCCUCUUCAUUGACAUCGCCAUCCUCCACCUCACUGACACCAAGCAAGAGAACGGUGCCUCAGCAGUCAUCUAAAAUGCCCUUGGAGGCUACUGAUGGCUCCUCACUUAAGAAUAUCCCACAGACAGCUGUGCCAUACAAACGGGAUGUAGGCAAGACACUGUGUCCUCUGUGCUUCUCCAUUCUCAAGGGUCCUAUCUCAGAUGCACUGGCCCACCACCUAAGAGAGAGGCACCAGGUGAUUCAAACUGUCCACCCUGUUGAAAAGAAACUGACCUACAAGUGCAUUCACUGUUUGGGGGUCUACACUAGUAACAUGACCGCCUCCACCAUCACACUGCACUUGGUACACUGCCGGGGUGUAGGAAAAACUCAGAAUGGACAGGACAACCGGCCUGCCCUCUCUUCACGUGUCAGCCAGGCCCAGAGCAGUGCCCUCAAACGGGCCGGCUUUGAGGGCUCAGACGGUAAUGAACCAAAACGGAGACGGAUGGGUCCUCCUGGAGAAAGAGCCCACCCAACAGGCAGCAAUGGACCCUCGACAUUUGUAGAAAACCCAGAUGACCCUGUAGUCCUGGCUCUUGACCCCAAAGGCCAUGAAAACGAGUCCUAUGAGUCUCGAAAAGCAUUUUUGACACGAUAUUUCAACCGAGCACCCUAUCCAACGCGGCGGGAGGUAGAAAAGCUGGCGGCCAGUCUGUGGCUGUGGAAGUCUGAUAUUGCCAGCCACUUUGUCACCAGGAGGAGGAAGUGCAUCCAGGCCUGUGAGACCAAGAACGUCAGUGUGUUGCUUGGGUUUAACAUGCAUGAGGUCAGCCAGCUCACUCAUCAGCUGGAGUUUGACCAGGACUGUGUGUUUGAGAGCAGAGAAAGGCAACCACGGACAUCCAGGACCCGCAUGGGCAUAUCGGAGCAGGCUGGCGACAGACGCAGGGUGCUGAUUGUGACUAAUUACGGCAUGCCACCAUCAGAAAAGGUAAAGCCGGCCAGGACUGGGGCAGGCGUUAAAGCCUCACCAGCUGUCACCAAACACAAUGGUGCCAACAGAGACCAAACCAAGACAAUCAACAGCAUUUUAGAGCAGAAAAGGCCUCUGGAUCUUUCUGAACCCAUUGCCAUUGACUCUGACAGCGAUGAGGAAGAACAGGAGAAGGAUGAGGCAGCAGGAGGGGGGAAGGGGCAUCUCCAUGGUAACAACAGGCUCUCUAGAGCUAAGCGGGGAGUGGAGACAGGGUUGGAGGGCCACGUUAUUUCUGAUGGAGAUGAUGUAUCAGAUGAUGAUGAGGAUGACGAUGAGGAUGAUGAUGACGACGACGAUGAUGAGGAGGACCGCGCACAUCUAGAGAAUGGCUUUCGUCCCCCUGAGGGUCCAGAAAGACAGCUGUCUAAAGGGAGAGAUAGUCUACCCAUUAUUAUUCCGAAAUUUGUACCAUCGUCGGCACGAAGCGAGAGGGCCAGGGCCCAACUUGGCAAACAGCAGGUCUGACCAAUGAACUGAUAUUGGAAAAAAAUAAAUAAAGACUUGCACAGGGACUUAAGAUUUAAUCCAUGCCAACAACUCUGCCUCACACAAACUGAAGGAGCUCAGCUGUACAGUACCCAGUUGCAUUAAGAUGGGCGUCUGUGUUGUGGAGCGCGACAGAGCGAGAGAGAUGUUCCCUGUCAUUUAAAACAAGCCAUCCAGAGACAUUAAAAGGCCAGUUUAAGCUACUUGGCAGGACACAACAAGCAGGUAGUAAAGAUGUAAAGAUUGUGAACAAAGUUUUAAUUUUUCUUCUUUUAACAGAAGGAAGAUAACAGAGAUGAUACCCAGUGCUAGAAAAGAUGGGGUUUUUUUUGUUUUUGUUUUUUUUGCCUUCUAUACUCUUAACUACUUUGGGAGAAGUACUAAUUCAUUUCGAUUUAGCCACUUGUGGCUUAAAAGGUUGAGUUGUUGUGAGCUACUAGGUUUUAAGUUGACCAGUUAAUAUCGAGAUCCAUCAUUUUCAAUGUAGUUAUACUGAGACAAAUUUGUACAGUCUUUUAGACAUACAUGUACCCUUAAAAUAUUUGCUAUUUACUGUGUACAAGCUAGCCUUAUAUGUUCUACAUUGGUUCACUAGAUGAUAGAUGUUGCUUUGGUGGCUGGUAUUUUCUUGUAUGUUUAAGUUUAUUUUUUAUCAAAAAACAUAGUUUUUUGGCAAAAUAAUAUAUCUAUAUAUAUAUAAAUGCAAUUAAAGAACGGAAUUGAUCGCUUUUGUUUUUUUGCCGUUAACUUGACUAUAAUUAUCUUUAAAUUUCCUUUUAAACGAAUUUGGUUCUAUUGCAAGAACAAUGGCUCCCCAUAUUCUUAUUCUCUCACUGUUUGUUAGUAUAAAAAGGGCAUUUCAGCAUUUUUGCAGGUCUUCACUUAGUAACCUAGACUACUUUCUGUUUUUUCCCCCCACAUUUUUGACCUCCUUAUUUUUGCCCCACAGGAGCAGACAGUAAACACGUUACUAAUGCCGUUGCAGCUGAAAGCGUUUUUCUCCAAUAAGACCGUUCGGUGUGUUUAAUUUGUGAUCCUUGGCUUGUGUAUGUUCUGUUAGGUUUUAUUUUUCACUUACGCAUUUAUGAACAAUAAAGUGCUGUAUUGUGCUUCUCACAGUG